GACUCCUGACGUCAACUACACUAGCCAAUCAGCGUCUGUCAAUGUUUCCGUGCCGUGAACUUUGGCGCGCCGCUUUGAAAGAAUCAACUCAUCAAUGAAUAUAUACGAUCAUCAGUAUUGAUCAGCUUUAAAUCCGAUAUAAAGACAUCAAUGAGGACGUGAUUUAUAGUACUACAGCUGUUCGCGCACGGGUAGUGUUUGUUAUUCAUUAGAUGCGCGUAAGUUUGUAGUAUUCCGCUGUAGAGGUCCUGGUAAAUGGACAGGAUGACGUCUACAAAAGAAAUCAAGCAACUACAGAAGGCCAAGAGUAAAGCCCAAAGCAGCAAUAACCUGAAAGAGGAAGCCAGUCUGUGCAAUCAGCUGGGGGAAGUUUACGCUAAAACAGGUGACUAUCGAGCUGCUAUAGAGGAACAUCGGCAGGAAUUGGCGCUGUCUGAGAUUUUGCAUGAUGUGAUAGGAUCUGCUAUAGCCAAUAGGAAGAUUGGAGAAUGCUAUGCAGAACUGGGGAACAUUGAAGCUGCUCUGAAGCACCAGAGGCUUCAUCUGAAUCUAGCUCGAUCUGUCCAUGAUGCAGCAGAGGAGCAGAGGGCACUGGCCACUAUUGGAAGAACAUACCUCUUUCUCUUUGAUUCGGACCAUUCACGGGACAGCUUGAAGCAUGCUGAAGAUGCGUUCAUGAAGAGUUUGGCCAUUGUAGAUGAGCGACUAGAAGGUACAGUGUCCUCACGAGAGCUCAGUGAGAUGAAGGCCCGUCUCCUGCUGAAUCUGGGCUGUGUGUAUGAUGGGAUGAAGGAACCGCAGCGCUGCAGUGACCUCAUCCGACAGAGCAUCUACAUCGCAGAGAAAAACAUCCUUCUAGAGGAUCUGUAUCGUGCCAACUUCAACCUGGGCAGCAUUCACUUCCGAAACGGGCAGCACUCACGUGCCAUGCGCUGUUUUGAGCAGUCAAAAGAAUGUGCCCGCAAAAUGAAGGACAAGUUCAGUGAGAGCGAGUGCUUCCAUAGUAUCGGAAAGAUAUUGCUUCAUCUUGGUGACUUUGCAGCGGCUCGGCGUUCUCUGAAGAAAGCGUUCUGUCUGGGCUCCCAGCAGCCUUCUGAACGUGAGGCCGUCAAGAAAGAUUUCAAACAUGCGAUACGUGGCUGUCAGCUGGAGCAGACGGCAGCAGAAGUGACUGAUAAGUUUUCCCAUGAGGCCAUGGAUCUGUCAGAACAGUUGGGAGAUCUUUACUGUAAAGUGGGCUGCUAUAACAAAGCUCUGGAAGCUUAUCAAACACAACUGGUGUGUGCGGAGACUUUAGGGAAGCCUGCUCGUGAGUUAGCCGUCAUUCACGUGUCACUGGCGGCCACUUACACAGAUUUGCGACAACAUCACAGGGCCGUGGAACAUUACAGACAAGAAUUAAACCUGAGACAGGGCAACCCUAAAGAGGAGUGUGAGACAUUGUUGAAUAUAGCUGGUUGUCAGGAGGAGAUCGGACAGCCAAUGGAGACCAUUGAUCAAAGUUUUAGUGCUGCUCUGAGCUGUGCUGAGAGAUCAGGACUAAACAAACUACAGAGGCGUGUUUUGAGAGUGUGGGUUCAGGCCCAGCGGCGCUGCGGCUCCUCACAGUGCGACGACACAGAGGCACGGCUGAUGGAGCUGUGUGAGCGGGACGGCCUGAGACUGGAAGAUAGUGAAGAUGAGGAUGAGGAAGAGGAGGUGGAGAAUAGUGAACCACUGGAGGACAGUGACAUUCAAUACUCUGACUCUGAUGAUGAUCUGGAGGGUUACGAUAAGAUCGUCACGGGCAAGAGGAAGACGCAAAAAUGGAACCGACGGAAUGAGAAGGGCGAGACGGUUCUCCACAGGGCCUGUAUCGAGGGAAACCUAAAGCAGGUUCAGUGCCUGAUUGAUCAGGGUCACCCGGUUAACUUGAGGGAUUACUGUGGGUGGACUCCUCUGCAUGAAGCCUGUAACUACGGUCAUCAAGAGAUUGUAGCUUUACUGCUGGAGCAUGGAGCAAAUAUAAAUGACCCUGGGGGUCGAGACUGUGAUGGUGUCACACCCCUGCAUGACACACUGAACUGCGGCCACUUCCAUGUAGCACGACUGCUGGUACAGAAGGGUGCGUCCGUCACAGCUCGCAAUGGCAAGGGACAUACUCCUCUGGACACUCUUCGUCAGUGGUUUAAGACUUACAGCCGACAGCUGGACCAAGAGACAAAGCAGGAUUGUUUGGAGACUGAGAAACUCCUCAAGAGAGCACUAUCAGGAGAUGUUUCAGUUGUAUCGACGGCUCCACGGCAGCAGAAGGAGCUUCAGGACAGUCAACUGUUUGAUGCAGAGUAUUCAGAACCACUGCUGCAGGAGUCACCGCCAUCACCCCAGCAGAUCAUUCCGACUGUCCCUACUCCAAAAGCCCUGACUCCGACUAUCCCUACUCCAAAAGACUCGGCUCCCAGACGCAGGGGUACCUCAGGUCCAGCCCGCCGGCCACGAGGGAUGGAAGCAGAUGUUCUGUAUGGGAACGAGAGCAAUUCUGACUCUGAUUGCUCGCUCAGUCCUCUUCGUCCUGUUCGGUCAAGACCGCGUUCCCCAGCGGCCCAGUCCUCGCAGGAAUUCCCACCCAGUCAGGAUUUGCCCUCUGUAUUAAGUGUCAGAGAGACUGCGUUGCCCCCGCAGUCAGAAUUGGGCAGACUGGAGUACCGGAAGGCCAUGCAGAACCUGGGCAGUGCUAAAUCCCGCCUCCUCUCUCAGAGUCUAUCAGAGCCGGCCUUUACCAGCACGCCAGCAGUGUCGGCCAAUAGCAGAUCAGCUUUGGUCCCAGAGGAGCAGUAUCUGGCAGAUGAUUGGCUGGAGGAUGACCUGAGUGAUGUGCAGCCCAAGAAGAAGCGGAGAGUUUCUGAGCACAACAUCCCACGGGAAACAACUUUCAGAAAUCAGAAUAAUUUCUCAGGAUCUGCUGAAGCUUCUCCUAGAGUUCAGAGUUCCUCCAGUAGGGGUCUAUCUCUGAAGAAGGGCACUAAUAAGUCUCGGCAGGUGAAGAUGAAUCAACUGCCCGGGAUGGUGAUGCUGGGCAGGAGAGAGGUCAGCAGGUCGCAGAGUCCCACCAUGACCCAAGAAUCAGACCCUAUUCAUGACCCUGCACCUCCUACCCAUCAGUCAAUGACUCCAGCAUCAUUCCAGAACCGAGCAGCACAUGUGCCUGCACCAAUCAGGAUGAGGGUCAGAGUUCAGGACAAUGUCUUCCUGAUUCCAGUUCCUCACAGUGCGGCAGACUCCUGUACGGUGGCGUGGUUGUGUGAGCAGGCCGCUCAGCGCUACUAUCAGAUGUGUGGAUUACUGCCACGUCUGUCCCUGCAGAAAGAGGGCGCUCUGCUCUUACCCACAGAUCCACUGCUGGCCGUACUGCACACCAAUGAAGAGGUUCUUGCUGAAGUGUGUUCAUGGGAUCUUCCUCCGCUCCCUGAGCGCUACAAGAAAGCCUGUCAGAGUCUGGGAGUGGAGGAGAACCGGCGUGUGUCCCGGCUGUGUGAGGUGCAGGACAGCAGCUCCUGUGUGAACGUCUGUGGACUCAGUUUAUCUCCAGCGUCUCUGACUCCUCUCCUCCGAGCGCUAAAACUGCAGGCCAGUCUCACGGAGCUGCGCAUCACUGCCAACCGUCUGAACAACGACCUCCUGCCAGAAAUGAUCUCUGCUGCUGCCACUAUGCCCAGACUCAGAAUUUUAGACAUAUCAGCCAAUCAGAUUACUGGAGAGGGUCUCAAAAAAGCAUCGGACACAUUGGAAACAAAGAGUCAAGCUGCUUUCCCUUGUCUAGAGGAGUUGAAUUUAAGCAUGAAUCCUCUGGGUGAUGGCUGGACACAAGCACUAGCAAGUCUUCUGUGCGCUUGUCCCCUGCUCUCCUCUCUGUCCCUGCAAGCCUGUGGCCUCUCUGCACGUUUCCUCCAGCAACACCGUCUCCUAUUAGCCAAUGCCAUGGCCAGCACCGGGAAUAUGUGGUCGGUGUGCUCCGCUGGUUUUGAGCUUGUGUUGAAGACUUUACCGAUGCAGUAUCUCACGCACCUUCAGCUUUCUGUAGUCUGUAGAGGUCCAUCCGACCAGCCUGCCAUGGAGAUCCUUACUAAACUCCUGACACAGGUGUCUUUAGGUGACCUGUCUGCCAACCCUUCAGUGACCACAGGCGGUCUUCAAAGUCUCCUUAACGCCCUCAUGGAAGCCCAGCGACCUUUGACCCAUCUCAAACUUCAAGGCUGUCAGGUGUCAGGACCUCUGGGUGAUGUUUGUUUGGACAGUCUGUCUGAUCACAUCCGAGACCUGCGUUUGUGCUCCCAGAGUCUGAAUAAGCUGGACCAGGAUGCACUGCAGCAGAGCUGGAGACGGAGAUCAGAACCUGUGCAUGUCUUCUCUCGCAACUCCAAAUGCAUGCUGAGCGUCACUGCAGCCUCGCAGUAAACUAUUUUAGGCUGUAGUGUUAGUCUAAAUAUAACCUCUGCUAGUAUUGUUUGCAAGUACAAAGUUUACUAUUAAUGGGUGAAUGUUUGACAACAUUUGUCUGUAAAUAUUAAAUAUUAAUGUUAAUAUCUAAUUGUAGCAUGUAUGAAGUUAUUAUGUAUUUAGGGCCCGAGCACCGAUGGUGUGAGAACCCUAUUGUAAUUGCUCAGUCAAUUCUUCUUCUUCUCCGAAAUGAAUCGCAUUUUUGAGGGCCUAAACAUGCUCAAACUCAUGAAACUUUGCACACACAUCAGAAGUGGUGAAAAUUUACGUCUGAUAUGGCUCUCAGAAUUAGGAGUGGCAAAAUGGCUCAAUAGCGCCACCUACAAAAUUUCAAUUAAGCGCUCUUCACGCUACGUUUCACGUACAGGUAUGAAAUUUGGUAGACAUAUGUAACAGCCCAAUCCCUACAGUCCCUGGGUGCAAAAUCUGAAAACCCAACAGGAAGUGAGAUAUUUUGAAUGUUCUCUGCAAAAUUUUUGCAGUUUAUACCAUUUCCAGACAUCGUACUUUAACAAACUCCUCCUAGAGAUUUUAUCAGAUAAACAUAAUAUUUUGUCAGUCUAAUCUAAAGGCCUUUUUGACAUUAAAUUGCGAAGAUUUUGAGUUUUCAUUGAAGGGCGUGAAGACAUCUACAUGGCAAUAUUCAGUUACAGUCAUAGCGCCACCUGUGGGCAACAGGAAAUGUCAUGUUUUACACUGUGAUUAACUCCUCAUAGAUAUUUUACCAGAUCAACAUCAUAUAUGGUCAGGCUAAUCUUAAGGCCUUAGCAAUGUUAAAAUGUGUAGAUCUUGAGUUUUCGUUGAAGGGUGUGUCCGUGGUGGCCUGACAAAGUCUGAUGUUUCGCCAUGAAGGAGGAAGCUGUUGUAACUCAGGCAUACAGUGUCCGAUCUGCCCCAAACUUCACAUGUGUGAUAAGAGUCCUGGCCUAAAGACAUCUAUAUGCCAAUAUUCAGUUAGUCAUAUUGCAACCUGCUGGCAACACGAAAUGGCAUGCUUUGCACUGUAAUUCACUCCCAGAAACACAUUUAAAUAUGCCAUGAAGUACCAAACAUGUUAGAAACACGUUAAAUCAUGCAACACUUGGCUGAGUGCUUAUGUAUGCGAUUAACACCACGAAACAGGAAGUUGUUGGAACUCAGGCAUACAAUGUCCGAUCUUCUCCAAACUUCACAUGAUUGAUAAUAGUCCUGGCCUGAAGACAUCUACAUGGCAAUAUUCAGUAAUAGUCAAAGCGUCACCUUUUGGCAGCAAGAAGUGUGGCACGUCGAAAUGACUUUGCCAUAAUUUUCCUGUAUUUACUCGCUUACAUGCAUGUCACCCACUGUUCACUGUUUCUUAAAGCCACUAGGUGGCGGUGGCCCAGGGUGCGAGGGCCUUCAUCGCUGCUUGCAGCUUUAAUUUUUAUUGUUAUUAUUUGUAUGGACACUUGUUUGUUCAUACUUAUGACUCAAUCCCAUUUUAUUCCAUUUAGUCUUUUUGCAAAUUGUCUUUAUUGGAGAUUACUUUGUGAAAUUCUAGAAAUUAUGAGUUUGAAAUGGGCAUGAGACAUCACUGUAUAGUGUGGUGCUGAUGGACCAAUAAAAUACAAAUUCAAGCAUGCUCUGUUUGUACAAGUUUUUCCAAAAAUAGCAAGAGCAAACACAACAAAACAUGAAUGUUUUUCACACAUUUAUUUUCCAGUUGAUUGUGGAAACAAAAACAGUGGUCUGAAGCCGGCUGCGAAAAUAACCUGUGAUAUACAAAACCACAAUAAUCACACCAUUGGCUUUAGUGCAUUCUGCAGAAUUUCAUCAACUUUUUCAGCUAAAGUGAACACUCAGAAGCAAACAAAAAUUACUUUUUUAAUUUCUUCAAUGUAUCAGAGAAAAUAUGAAUUUUAAACUUUAACCCUCAGUUUCACGGACAAGGCUUAAGCUAGUCCUAGACUAAAAUGUAUGUUUGAGCUUUUUUAACUGAAAUAUGUUAGUGCCAUUGUUUUGUCUCAAGAUUCACACCAGUAAUGUUUUUUUCUAGAGUACGUUUAUAAAAGAUACUUAAAUACCCUAAUUGAACUACGGCCUAAUCCAGGCUUCGUCUAAGCCCUGUCUGUGAAACCGUGUCUAAAUCUUAUAGGCCAUUAAAAGGUUAGUUCACCCAAAAAUAAAAAUUCAGUCACCUUUUACUCACCCUCAUGUUGUUACAAACCCACAAGACUUUCGUUCAUCUUCAAAAUCUGAGAGAUUUCCUGCCCCUUCACUGAAAGUCUACUCACCCAAAACUGUGACAUGUCAGUACUUCCAUAAAGAGAUUGUAAAAGAAAUCCAUAUGAAUUGAGCGAUUUAAUCCAAGUCACUUUAUAUGAUGAACAGAUUACAUAUAAGCUUUUAUUCACAUAUAAACAGAGAAGUCAAAUAUGGUAAAUGGAAACUCAAGCAUGCUUGACUUUCAAUGAAGGGACAGAGAUCUCUCAGAUUUGUGUUUCGAAGAUGACUGAAAGUCUUAUGGGUUUGGAACGACAUGAGUGUGUGCAAUUGAUGACAGAAUUUUCAUUUUCAUUUUGGAUGAACUAACCCUUUUCUCCAUGCCUAUU